UGUUCUUCAUGUUCCCCAGCUGUUCUCCAUCUUGUUCUCUGUCCUUCUCUCCAGCCUGUUCUUCAUCAUGUUCUUCGUCAUCUUCACACUGAAUCAUGUUUCUGAGGAGCAAAGUGAAACCGUGUGAGUGAUGAAGUUAUAAUUGUGUCUCUUCAGGUCUGACAGGACAUCUGUUCAUGGUUAAGACAACAAACUGAAAUAAUCCUCCAUCGUCGUGGCACUGUGAAGAUUCUCUUCAUUCAUCACCAGUCUUGACUUGUGCUGGAAACAGGUGCGUUUGUUUUGUGACCCUCAACAGGGGCAGCCUCCACCUCACCUGAGAUCAGUGCGUUUAAAGUUUGAGAACGUGUGGACACUGCAGCUGUCUCUGACGAAGGCCUCAGUCCUUGGACUUCUGUCUGACUGUUUGAUAGUGUUCUGCUCUGCGAAGCCUUUGUUUUGAUCCAUCAAUAAGCUGAUGAUGGCGGAUUCCAAUCUACAGCCGGCGGCAGCAGCAGACCUACUGAUUGAACCGAUUCUUACCUCCAAGGAACUGAUAACAACCACCGUGACGGAGGGGCCGGGCCAGAUGAUGGAGUCAGAUGUCGUAGCUGAGGUCCCAAGCAAUAAUGGGGACGCAGACAGUCCUCCACCUGGCAAAGGCCUGAAGGAGGAGGAGGCCAUGUCUUCGAUGCUGUCAACUGAAAACGGGACGAUGACUGCUGUCACCACAAAAGAAGAAUCUUUGUCCACUCUGCUCAGACACAUGGAGAAUGAGGGGGGACGGGACAGAGGAGGAGACGCAGGUCUGGACCUAGAGGACAACUCAUCUGUAGCGACAGCCGGUGGUUCCGAAGACCAGCAGGAGUCCACAGACUCUGCGUCUUUCUCCAUCCCCAGUCUAGAGCUGUCAGACGGGGUCACAGCCAAAGGAAACUCCCAGGACAUGGAGGACGGCAUGUCCUUGUCCAUCUCUGCUGCGGGUGCGCAGGGCUGUGCUCUGUCCGCCGAGGCUGGCGAUCUGAAAGAUGGCGAGGUGCUGGAGGCUGCAGGGGGCUCUGUCCCUGCAGCAGCAGCUGCUCCUCCUGCUGCUGCCUGCUCCUCCUCGUCAGCGGCUCCAGAGGCAGCAUCUUCUGUACCGGCGUAUUACCUGGUGAAGUGGAUCACCUGGAAGGAGAAGAAGACGCCAAUCAUCACUCAGAGUGAGAAUGGACCCUGCCCCCUGCUGGCCAUCAUGAACACACUGUUUUUACGCUGGAAGGCUAAGCUUCCUGCUCAGACGGAGGUGAUCACCACUGAGGACCUGAUGGCUCACCUGGGUGAGGUCUCAUAGAGCUGUGAGCCAAUCAGCUGCUGAGUUUGUCUGCUCUGUAAUUUCAUUGUAAAACAUUAAAGUAAACGCUUUUAUUUUGGUUGUUGCCAAGAUAAAAGCCAGCGUGUCACACUGAUGUCACUGUUGCUAUGGAAAUGGACACAACGACCACAAAUACACCUGUGUCUUUUUGUAAUGAGACGAUUCUACAGAAGUGUUUUGUCACAGAUGACGACGAAGAGGAAACUAAAUUCGAUCAUCCGAGUUGUUGCCGGUUCGACAGACAUCGGAAUUCGUCAGCUGUAGUUUUGUGUUUCACAGAGCAGUCACGUGACCUCGUUCAGUUUGAAUGUUUCUGGGCCAUUGUUGGUAAAAAUAAAAUGAAUCAUCGCGCAGAUGACACUCAGCUGUAUGUUUGAGUCACAGCCACUUCAGGUUCCCAUGGUUACCAACAGACGUAAAGUUCAUCAUGUGCCCAAAAAUGUGAUUCAUGCAG